AACCAAAAUUGGGAACCCUAGUAUCCCAGCAUGCCGUGCGGCCCCGCAGACAGGCUGGAAUCCUUUGUUUGAUUCCCCCACCUCCCAGUGGAGAAGUUCAGCAUUCCAGCCUCGGCCUAGGAGCAGCCAGGACAGGUCGCUGCUUGCGGGGAGCUGCCCGAGGGUUCACUUGGGUGUCAAGGGAGAUGGAGGCCACUUUGCCAGCGGUGGCAGAGGAGCUUUUGAAAGAGAUACAAAAGGCUUUCCAGGAGACCGCGCAUGUUCCUGAUGAUCUCCUGUUGGCGCUGAAAUUUGUAUUUGGCUCAUCUGCUGUGGCGGCCUUGGAUUUGGUUGAUCAACACUCAGUCACGAGAAUCGUGUCUUCUAGUGGAAGGGCCGUGUACCAGGUCCUCGGGAGUUCAGGCAAACUGUACACCUGUUAUGCUUCCUGCCACUUCUGCACUUGCCCUGCAUUUGCUUUCUCCGUGCUGCGGAAGAAUGACAGCCUGGUGUGUAAGCACAUCCUUGCCAUGUACCUCAGCCAGGCCACCGGCGCAUGCCAAGAGCUAUCUGUCUCUGACCAGCAGCUGGCAAGCAUCUUACUGGCUGAGGAAGAGGAGGAAGGAAGAAGGACUUUGGACCAUGUGCUUACACCCUCUCUCCUGCAACGCCUCCCUGGCUCCUCUGAGGUACAUCGACAAGCAUUACUAACAUCGCUAAGGCGAGCAAGUGUUGAUCAAGGCAGUUAGUUUUCCUCCCAAGCUGAAUUUAGGCUGGAAAUUAUUUAGCAGCCCUGCACCGUUGUGUUGUAGUAAAUGUUACGGAGCCUCAUAACAUGAGGCUGAGAUUUUGUGACUUCCGUGCUUCAUGUCACCUGCUGCUGUGGUUCCUGCGGGCCUCGAGGAUUUGGGGGAGAGGGGCUAUGAACAGAGAAGUGCAGCUUUUUUGGUGGUUUCUUGGCCCUUCCUCUUACUUCCCUAGUGCAGGGUUGAUCUCUUACAGUAGCUUCUUUGCCUCAACACAUCUUUUUGGGCUGGCCUUUUACGCAUGUACCAGCCCAGAUCCAUCCGGGCUCCUAAGGGUAACCCAGCAGGUAGAAAAAUGUCACUGCUGUCAAGUUAGGCACAGACCUGGUGGUCGUUCUCAGGGGGAUGUAGAUGCAGCCCUCGUGGGAGGUUUAUUGUAUCACAUGUUUAAAUGUUUGGGGCAUAAAAUCAGAAAAAGGGCCGCAACUCGCAGAACCAGUCUAAUUUUACCAAAAUUGGCAGAAAGCUUCUAAAUACAAUUGAUAAUGCAAGUGUGUACUCCAAAUAGUCCUGUAUGGAAAGUGGGAAAAUAUUUAGCCCCCCCGUGUAUAUUUUAUCCAUUUUCCCAUACUUUUUUGUCUUCAGUUAAAGCAGAAGUCUAUAGUCACGUGACAGUAUGAGCUUGUUUGUACCAUGUGAUACCUCACAGUAUUUGUAGAAUGGACUCAUUUGAGAAAUGCUUUUGUCUGCUAUUUUUGUGAAGUUAUGUAGAUAAUAAGACUCCUACUCCUUAAUUAUAAAACAUAUUUUUGAUGGUAGCUGCUCAGCUGGUGACAUUAAGCCAAACAAGCACAUACGAUACGCUGUUGGCAGACACCUCCGAAGAAAGCCAGGGAGCUCCCCCAUUUAGCACCAAACUCACCUGAUCAAGUCCAGGAGCAGGGUUCCUGCUGUGGAUCCCUCAGUGAGAGAGGCACCAAGCUCUAUAAAUGGCAGGGCUCAGCACCCCCACCCCAGUGGCUGGCUCAGGCAGUUGCCUGACUGGCGGGCUGGCUUCUGAACUCCCUUUCUUAGCUGAACUCCCAGCUCUUUCCCGCCUGCGCAGAGCGAGCCUAAGCAUCUAACUCAGGCUUUGGGGAUCCCAGCAUUGUGCUGAUGAUUUUCUAGGCAUCUAAAAGUCCAUUCUGAAAAUAACUGUUUUGAUGUAUUACAUGGUGCAAACAAGCUCAUCCUGUCAUGUGACUACAGACUUUGCCUUAACUGACGGCAGCAGAGUACUGGGAAAUACAUAAAGUAUCUCCCCAGGGGCUAAGUAGUUCCCAACCAGCCCUAUUUUGAGUAUAGAGUCACGUUAUCAACAGUAUUUAGAAGCUUUCUGCCAAUUUUGGUCAGAAUUAAACAAUGUUUCUUCAAGUUAUAGGCCUUAGUGACACAGUAGGGACAGAGCCACUGCUCUGUCCCAUCCCACAGCCAAAUGACCCAGAGCCCAACUCCACACUGAGCUUUGUGUCUGUUGGCCGGAGCUCGGGAGGGUGGGGCACCUGGCUAUGUCUCACUCGUGGAAGGGCGUGCCCAAAGAAAUGACAUGGCACAGAGUUAGGUUGUUUUCAGUGGUAAAUGUAAGUAUUCAUUCUGUAUCCAAAUAACAAAGUUACUGUAACUACACAGCCCAAGUAACACGUGGCGAAUACCAUCCAUCCUAUGUACAUCAGGAACACAUGGGUUAAGUGACAUGUGAACAGCUACAGACACGGCCAGUGCAGGGUUCCUCUGCCAUUUUACUUGGAUUCACGUUUUUAGAAAUCUUCAGUGCUCCGUUUUUUUUUCUUAUUUAAUUAAUUAAAAGAACCCAGUGACACAUCCCAGCUAGGGAAGUGGUGACAUCAGCACAUGGCAAAGGUCCCUCUGAGUGAGUCUCGCUCCUCAGAGGUAUAUAAAAAGGGAUUUGUAGUGGAUCCUGCAGUGUAAACUGUCACCUACAGAUAUUCCUUGAUCAGUCAUUAACUAACUGCUGGUACCUUGCUUUAGUACUUUGCAUUAUGCUCUCUCUUUCAUGCACGCUAGACUGCGAUUUGUUUUAAGGAGAAGGAGGCCAGCACUCAUGGUUUGUGUUGCAAUCACAUAUUUGGGUUACAACCCUCCCCGACCCACAGGUGAGACUGUGGCUGUUCCCUUCCAUGAUUAACAGGAGCAAUACGGCCAAAGACAAUAGAGAGGUUGAAAUGAGAUGAGUCCUCCUGAGAAGGCAGGAAGUGGUCACAUCUGUUGGACAGACAGGGAGCAAGGAAGUUGCAGCAGAGAUGAUCUGCAAAGGGAAGGAUAAAGACCCGGCCUUAAUUUUAACCCUUGUGAUACUGGCUGAAGGAGGAACAGGCUGACUGGAGCUAAAGUUGGGACCGGAUAUUAGUUGAUGUCAGCAGGUGCAAUACCAUCAAAAUCACAGUUGGGAUUCCGUCAGGUUGGGAUCUGGCCCUUUGUAGCUGAAGGGCAGCUAAACCUUCUCCUAGCACAAUGGAUGGUUAGAGUCCGCUAGUCCCAGGAACACCCAGUCUCACACCUGCUGAUCUAUAGCAACCUCCCACAUUGAACCCCGUCAGGUCAGAGACUUAGUGUAAGAAAUAGGAGGGAUUUUUUUCUUAUUCCCUGCAGUGCAGUACAAAAUAAACUCAAAGAAACAAAGCUGGCUACAGUAUUAUUAAAGUACUAAUGACAGACAGCUCUAGCCUUCCCAUACGUGCCCUCUUCACAGCAACCACAUUGCGAAGAAUGGCAGGAGAGGGCUUUGGCUUCCAUUUCUGCCGCUCAGGUUGAUAGCACUUCCUUCCCAACAGACUCCCCCCGGGCACAGAGGGGCAGCUCUGAGAACCUGCAUUCCCAUCCCUGUCUCUGAGCAUGGGCUGUGCAUGUGAGAGCUGCCCAGCGGAGACCAUAUUAAAUACACAGGCAUGAACUACAGCUCUCUGGUGGUCACAUGUCAAGGUACCAAAUGGUUCAGAGAUUAAAUUUGCCACUUCACUGGCACUUUAAGAACCUUCUCCUAAGGCUCCAGUUUAGAAAAGGGUUGCAGCACCAAGGUGGAUACCCAGCCCUUGCGUAAGCCUGUAGUUUCCAGACCUAGCCAGUGGUUUGCCUUGUAACAAACCAGUUCCUUCUUUCCAUUAGCACUGUUACUGGGUAUAAUUUUUAAUGGACCAUCUGGAGUCUGGUAGGAAAUCUGGCCCUUUUGCCAUUUGUGCUCUCCCUGUCAGUGCCAUACACUCUCACAGCUGUAGGCUUGAGGCUCUACCUGUUAAAGUCAGAUUCUGGGGAGAGAAGGGGACUAGUUUUACUGGAAUUUUUGAGCCCCCUUAGAACAAAAGGCCCCCCCACAGGGCAUACCAGGUAUACACUGCUGCUCUUUGCACCUUCAAUGACAGCGUCAACACAUUCAACCCCUUUGGAGCAAACGCCCCAUAGUUCUCCCCACCUGUGUGUCAUUGUAUGUACCACAGUUCACAUAUUAAAUAGGGCUUAGUCAUUUAAAAACCCCAAAAGCUAGGCUUACAGAGAGUUAUUAAGCUCAGUGCACAUUAAGGCUUCUCUGCCCUUCAGUGGAAUUAUAGAACAGUCAGUGGCCAAGAUGGUGCAAAUUAGCCCCUGAGCCAGGGCUGUGGGUGUAGCAAUUUUCGACUCAGUCUAACCACCCGAGAAACAAACCUUGUGCUCAUGUCAGUGCCUGUUCCAAAGGGCUGUGCUGUUCUAUGGGGCCGUUGUUUGCACAAGAGCAUUCUAACUUGACAGGUAAAUACAAUCCCACUCACGACCUUCAGAUAAACAGACAUAAACCUCCCAUAGCUAGGAGAAAGGCGUCUCAACAUCCUGAAUUCACCCCACAGUGCACCGGGAAUGCAGCAUGGCCCUGGGGCUGACGGUCAUCAGAACAGCGGUUAGACGUAGGGCCAACAGGAGCUGCAGCACUUGAGCGCACAGAGCAGCAUCCAGUUGGAUCCUGCACUCCUGAAGGCAGUGUGAGCUUUGCCCUUGACUGCAGGGGUAACAGGACCAGCUCUAUGGACCUGACCCAAAGCCCAGGAAUCAGUGGAGUCUUUUCAUUGACUUCAGUGGCCACUGAUUCAGCCUCAAUGUGAAUAGCAGCAGGGUUUGGCUUUUUGGUCGAGUAGCAGGUGUUCACUGCUAGAGCUGGGAUACUAAACUCCAUGGAGCAUGGGGGGGUAGUCAGUCCUAUGGAAUGGGGGGAGUUCAGGAUUGUGAGGCUGCUCUAUCUCCUCUCAACUGUCAGACUUCGAGCAGGGCAGUGUUUGAGGAAUGAGGCCAGAUCACCAUUUCCCGGAUCACCAUAAUGUUUUCCCAUUAACACCAGCAGAUCCCUUCUGACUCUGGGUCAGGGCUUCAGUUUUACACCAGCAUCUGGGCUACAUAAGAUUAUUUCCCAUGGGAGAAUACUAGCUGCAUCAAAUAAUUGAUGGAAAAAAUAGGGUAUUUACCAAAGUGGCAUCAAGUAUGUAGAAAAUGAACCACCAACAAAAAAUCCUU